GGCCUCAGUUGCCAAGUGGCUGGUAGUAUCUGUCAGCUGUUUGCACACUGUUUACCCAUAGGGGAUCUAUUACAAGUGCUCAAAUGAACCGGCAGCUUAGAAACUAGCAGCUUCCUGGGAGCUGCAAUUACAUAAGCAUAUAUUUUUAAUAUAAUAAUAAUUAAAAAACAAGUAGCCGCGGUAUGCCUGGAUCAGCUACAGCUAUCCGACAAGAGAGACUGAAGAAGACCAGUGCAAGGCCAAUUCCCCUUGGUUUAUUCACCAUUAAUGAGGAAGAUGAACAGCAAAAGAAUGGAAAUUCCCGAAGACCUAAAGCGCCUGACAGCUACAAAGUGCAUGAUAAGAAAACCACGUCCAACCGGCCCUCUGCUAUUUCAGGACAAAAUAGCAACUACUCCGGAAAUAAACCAGACCCUCCUCCCGUGUUGCGGGUUGACGACCGACAGCGACUGGCCCGGGAGCGGCGUGAGGAGCGGGACAAGCAGCUAGCUGCGAGAGAAAUCAUCUGGUUAGAAAGGGAAGAGCGAGCCCGGCAGCACUAUGAAAAGCACCUCGAAGAGCGGAAGAAGAAGCUGGAGGAGCAGAGGCUGAAGGAGGAGCGGAGGAGAGCUGCCGUGGAGGAAAAGCGGAGGCAGAGGCUGGAGGAAGACAAAGAACGCCAUGAAGCUGUUGUACGGCGUACAAUGGAGAGGAGCCAGAAGCCAAAACAGAAGCAUAACCGCUGGUCGUGGGGAGGCUCUCUGCAUGGGAGUCCCAGCAUCCACAGUGCAGAUCCAGACAGGAGGUCAGUUUCCACCAUGAAUCUUUCGAAACAUGUUGAUCCCGUCAUUAGCAAGCGGCUCUCCUCUUCAUCUGCAACUUUACUAAAUUCUCCAGAUAGAGCUCGCCGCCUGCAGCUCAGCCCCUGGGAGAGCAGCGUUGUUAACAGACUGCUGACGCCCACACAUGCGUUCCUGGCCAGAAGCAAAAGUGCGGCUGCCUUGUCUGGAGAUCCAGCGUCUUGCAGCCCCAUCAACAUCAUGCCCUACAAAGCCGCACACUCUAGAAAUCUGACGGAUCGACCCAAAUUCUUGGUAACCCCACCGGAGGGCUCCGCGCGGAGGAGGACUGUUCAUGGCACAGCGGGCUAUAAAAGAGACAGGGAGAGAGAAAACCUCCCGUUCCAACCCACAUGUGGCAUUCGGAGGGCUCUAUCUCCAUCUCAUCCCAAAGCGAGAUCACCAGCUCCCUCCCGACUUUGGCUUCCAUCCAAGUCCUUUCCUCAUCUGCCUGGCACCCCCAGACCAGCCUCCUCCUUGCCUCCCGGAUCAGUCAAAGCUGCCCCUGCCCAGGUCCGGCCCCUGUCCCCUGGCAACAUCCGCCCUGUCAAGAGAGAGGUCAGAGUGGACCCUGAGAGAAAAGACCCUGAGAAGGAACCCCAGAAAGUUGCCAGUGAGCCAUCACUUAAGGGCAGAGCACCUCUAGUGAAGGUGGAAGAAGCCACAGUUGAAGAGGGGACACCUGUCGAACCAGAGGCUCCCGCUGCUUCAGCGCCAGCGCCAGCGCCAGCCGCGGCCCCCGCUCCAGCGCCGGUCCCAGCCCCAGCCUCAGCCUCGCCAUCCGCUGUGACUGCUAGCGCUUCUCCUAAGACCUCUGCGGGCACCACCGACCCGGAAGAGGCCACCAGGCUGCUAGCUGAGAAGAGGCGGCUGGCCCGAGAGCAGAGAGAGAAGGAAGAAAGGGAGAAGAGAGAGAGGGAAGAGCUGGAAAGACAAAAGCGAGAGGAGCUGGCGCAGAAGGUGGCGGAGGAGCGGGCGCGGCGCGAGGAGGAGGCCCGCCGGCUGGAGGCUGAGCAGGCCCUGCAGCGGGAAGAGCAGCUGCGCCUGCAGGCGGAGGAGGAGCGGGAGCGGCGCGAGCGCGAGGGCGAGGAGCGUGCGCAGAAGCAGAAGGAAGAAGAGGCUCGAGUUCGUGAGGAAGCAGAGAGGGUUCGGCAGGAGCGGGAGAAGCACUUCCAGAGAGAAGAGCAGGAGCGCCUGGAAAGAAAGAAGCGACUUGAGGAGAUUAUGAAAAGAACGAGAAGAACAGAAGCUACAGAUAAGAAAACUGUUGAUCAGAGAAAUGGAGAUAUAACCAAGGGAGCUCUCACUGGAGAAACAGUGGUAUCUGCACUUCCGUGUAUGACAAACUCUCCAGGAAAUGGAGAACCAGUGGCCAGCCCACAUGCGGUUACCUCACACCAAUCAAAAGUGACUGUGGAGAGUACUCCCAAUUUGGAAAAACAACCAAGUGAAAAUGGAGUAUCUGUUCAGAAUGAAAAUUUUGAGGAAAUUAUAAAUUUACCCAUUGGAUCUAAAUCAUCCAGAUUAGAUGUCGCCAACGAGAGCCCAGAAAUUCCUUUGAAUCCAAUUUUGGCCUUUGAUGAUGAAGGGACACUUGGGCCCCUGCCUCAGGUAGAUGGUGUUCAAACACAACAGACAGCAGAAGUUAUAUGAGCAUUUCUUCUGAAGAACCAAAGCAGAAAUUUAGUAAGAAUUUCUACAAUUAACAGAAUUCCUUCCAUGCUAUAAAGGAGCAUCCCCAUCCUCCAGUUUUCUAAAGAUUUCUUGACCAUCCUUUUGAAAAGACUUUAUUAAAGCCAGCUAAAGACAACAGACUGGAUAGCUUUUCUAAUAAUUUUCGCCAAUAGAGAAAAAGAAAUUUUCUUUAUCCUUCAGUACUUUAAAAAGGCUUUUUCCAACGUGCUCCUUCUUAGCAAAUCAAUAUUCUUCUGCAUUCUCUAAAAGACAAGAACAUUUGGCUAUUAAAAAAAAAAUGGGCUGACUAGGCAUGAUUUUUCACGUAAAUAUUUUGGUCUUUAAAAGCUAAUGUAAAAUUGGCACAAAAAAUUUUACCUUUUACGAUAUAAUACUUGAAAAAUAAGUACCUCUUUGCUCUACAAGUAGAAUAGGAGAGGUGUUUAAAUUAAGCCUGUUUAAAUAUUACUGCAAAGAGUUCUAUUUGUAGAAGCAACUAUAGGCAGAUUACCAGGUUCUUGUAAAUGCAGUUUGUACAUGGACUUUCUGCAGACCCAGCUGUCACAUUCUUGCAUCUCCUUUUGCAAAAACAUACUAAAUGGUUUUAAAAUGUGAAAAAAACACAUUAUUUUUUCAGAACAAGAAAAUAUACUGCCCUCUUAAAUAAUGUAUUUAUAAAGUUUUUCAAGAUAAACUAAUCAAAUAAAUUAGAACAACAUGACACCAUUGCAAACUUUGAUUUAUUAGAUACAUUCCUUAUGUUACCAUGGAGAGAAUGUUAGCAACGAUUCAGGGCUAUUUCUGAUGUCUGUAUAUUGCUGCUGUUCCCAGUGAUGAUGGGACUUACCUUUGCCUUACCUAAUCACAAAUUAUGUUGGGGGGGAUAAAGAUUAAAUAUUUCUUUAAAUAAAAAAAAGAAUUUGGUAUUGCUCGUUUAAGAGCAAUGAAAACAUGAUGGAACGUUGACUGUGUUUGGCAUACACAGAGCACUGUGCAGGACACCUGCACAAAUGUCCUCAUUCUCUGUGGGACCCGUCAGCUGUGACUUGUCACUCUUCCUCAAUUUUGCUGCUGAGCUUAGCCGUAAAAAGCUGUACUCUCAUUUUCUAAUAUAAAUUCAAUUUUAUUUUGCCAUUUUUAGAAACUAAUAACAAAAUAUUGGAGAGGGGACUCUGAGGGAACACAUUUUUUUUCUUUAUGGCGUGUUUCAAAAGGUAAACUCCUGGCACUAUAAGAUGCUGGCUUUCUUAAAAGAGGAAUUGGUUAAUCUAUAUGGAAUGAGAAACUAUUCAUUUAUUGAACGAUAUCCUUAAAAUCCAAGCUAUAGUAACAGCUGUAAUUUGUGAAAACAUUAAUUUGGGGGUUUUCCCUGUUCUCAGUUGUCCUUGUACACAUAGUCAUAUUAAAAAAAAAAAAAAUCUGUUCAACAGAGUUGUUUUAUUUGUUUAAGUCAGCCUAGCAUGAAACACCAAAUAAAAUGUGUUUGACAUAGUU